UAAGGAACAGAGGACGAGGGCAGGAAAACUUGGAAAACCUUGUACUUCAAGUUUGGAAAAUCUCAAAAUUGGUGCGCUGCUGAAGAAUUGAACGCAGGAUUUCAAUGGCUGACUGCUGCUGAAAGGCGUGUCUGCAUUGUCAAGGUUCUACAUUGUGCAGGGCACCUACGGUACCCAUUCCGUGUUUUCCAAGGGUUUCUUUGCAAUGGACCAGUAUCAGAAAGUCGAAAAGAUUGGUGAGGGGACGUAUGGUGUUGUCUACAAGGCAGUGGACAAGCAGACCAACGGUGUGAUAGCGCUGAAGAAGAUCAGAUUGGAGCAGGAAGAUGAAGGCGUGCCCAGUACGGCAAUUCGCGAGAUUGCCUUGCUCAAAGAGAUGGAUCAUCCAAAUAUCGUCAGGCUGCAGGACGUGGUGCACUGCGACAAAAGGUUGUAUCUUGUGUUUGAGUACCUGGAUCUUGAUCUCAAGAAGCACAUGGAUAGCCACCCAGAGUUUGCACGGGAUCCAAGGAUCAUCAAGACGUACCUGUACCAGAUGCUCCAGGGUGUUGCCUACUGCCACUCCCACCGCGUUCUUCACAGGGAUCUAAAACCCCAAAACCUGCUGAUUGACCGGAGGACCAACUCACUCAAGCUGGCUGACUUCGGGCUGGCUCGUGCCUUUGGCAUCCCCGUCAGAACCUUCACUCACGAGGUGGUGACCCUGUGGUACCGGGCGCCAGAGAUCCUACUUGGCUCGCGCCACUACUCCACCCCUGUGGAUGUCUGGUCGGUGGGGUGCAUAUUUGCGGAGAUGGUCAACCAGCGGCCCCUGUUUCCUGGAGACUCGGAGAUUGACGAGCUUUUCAAGAUCUUUAGGUUGUUGGGCACUCCCACGGAAGACUCCUGGCCCGGGGUGACCUCGCUGCCCGACUUCAAGCAGGCCUUCCCCAAGUGGCCAGUCAGAGACCUCAAGUCCCUUGUCCCCACACUGGAGCCUGCGGGCGUCGACCUCCUACAAAAAAUGCUUUUGUACGAGCCCAGUCUUCGGGUGACCGCUCGGCAAGCUCUGCAGCACGAAUAUUUCCGGGACAUUCGACAACAGGUUUGAGCCCGAGUCAAAGCGGCCCUUUGUUUUCCGAUUAGUGUACAUAUAACCAGAUGACCAUAUCCGAUUUGGUCUAGGCGGCGGUCAAUCCACAGCUCACAUUGGUUUCGAAAACAGAUUAUCAGCUUCUAAGGACAACCGUCAACUUCUAGUUGAUAGUUGAGCUUGCUGAAAGGUGUUUGCUUUGAGACGUUGAAAGGUCAACAGGUUUCUUGGCAGAGUGCUUUCUAGUAGCAGCCACCGCCAGUUGUUUACUGUCACAGCUCUGAGGCAGGUCUGCAAAAUCCUUAAUAUUCUCUGAGGUGUGCACAAGGUAUAUGUGCAUGCCGGUACUUUACGAGUGCCUUGUAAUGCUGACAUGUCGACCAUGUGACAUAAAUGAACA